AUGGCAUAUCGGAGAAGGGGUCAGCCGUCGCCGCCGUCUUACUAUUAUUCAUACGAGAAUCAGAGGGAUGAGAGAAAGGGGAGAGAAGGCGAGGAAAGAGCAACGCUAGAUUCAACUUCGACUGCCACCGGACUUGCCGCCAAAGCCAUCAGAGCAUCCUCCGCCGCCCAAACCCUCCGUGAGUCCUCACUUUCUUCCGCUUACACCUUGCCUCCCUCUCCUUCCUCUGCUCCUUCUUCUUCUUCUUCAUCUUCUUUCUCCGCCAAUGCUCCUGCUACCGCUGCUGGUGCUGAUUUUAAGGAUCCCGCCCUCAGUCCCCACGCUUAUACUUCCAUGAGUAGCUUCAACCAAUCUAAUCGCAAUCCCAACCCCAACCCCAACCCCAACCCCGAUCCCGAUCCCGAUCCCAAUCAUAAUCCCAAACCAGGUGGUUUUUGGGGUUCUCUUGCUAGGAAAGCUAAAUCCUUUCUCGACGACGACGAUGCUAAUGAAAAUGAAAAUGGGAAGCAGCAGAAUCAGCAACCCCGACCCCAGUACCAACAAGACCGUGAUUUCGUGCCCCGACAGGACCGGCAACCUCACUCUCCUCCCCCAGAUCCUCAGCAGAUGUCUGAACCGGCUAGCUCCUUGCCGAAGAGUGAUACUCGCCACCCCCCACUAAAUGGAGGCUAUAAAAAGAAAGAAGGUCCUGUGUUACGCAAAGGGCUCAAUGCAAUUUCGUCUUCAAUUAACUACAUUGGCAAUGCCGUUGAGGAGGGCCUCAUGAAGGUGGAGAACCGAACAGCUGACAUCAUCCAAGAAACACGCAAGCAUAUCGGGAAAAAGCCUGGUGGUACUGCCACAAAGAACCCAACAAACAGUCAAACUACUGCAUGGCAGCAACCUCCAGUGCAGUCACCUGUGCAGGCCCAAAUGCAAGCUGAUCUAGAGCUUCAAUUGAAGGCAUCUCGCGACGUUGCUAUGGCAAUGGCUGCCAAAGCAAAACUACUUCUUCGGGAGCUGAAAACUGUUAAAGCUGAUUUAGCUUUUGCCAAGGAAAGGUGUGCUCAGCUGGAGGAGGAAAAUAAAGUCCUCAGAGAGAGUCACGAAAGGGGAGAUAACCUGGAAGAUGAUGAUCUGAUUCGGCUUCAACUUGAGACGCUGCUAGCAGAGAAGGCACGGUUGGCACAUGAGAAUUCAGUUUGUGCUCGCGAAAAUCGGUUCCUAAGGGAAGUAGUGGAAUAUCACCAACUUACAAUGCAGGAUGUAGUGUACUUGGACGAAGGAACUGAAGAAGUCACAGAAGUAUACCCUAUCAAGGUAGUGUCAAAUACCCCGUCCAACCCCAGUGCAGAGAUGUCCAAUUGUACAAGCCUUGUCGGGGAUCGAGAAAUGUUGGUGCACCCUGUGCCACCGCCUGGACUGGGCUAG